AUGCGACAGCGUCACUGGGUGGAACUCCUAAACGAUUAUGAUUGUGCAAUCAAAUACCAUCCAAGCAAAGCUAACGUUGUAGCUGAUGCCCUUAGUCACAAGGAAACAAUGCCUAAACGUGUUCGAGCUUUGCAACUCACCAGCCACUCUAAUCUAGCUGAUCAGAUUCGCUCUGCCCAGAUUGAAGCUUUGAAAGAUGAGAACCUUAAAGCCGAAGCCAUGCAAGGCUUGGAGAAUAAACUUGUUGAAAGAUCUGACGGUAUUCGCUAUUUCAUGGAGCGAAUAUGGAUUCAUUUGUACGGAAACCUUAGAGAACUUGUGAUGGACGAAGCACACAAGUCUCGCUACUCUGUUCACCCGGGUUCUGAUAAGAUGUAUCAGGAUUUAAAAGUCUUGUAA